AUGUUCAAGAGCGGCAUUUCCUCCUUCGCCAGGGCGGCUCGCCCUUCUUUCGCGGCGAACGCUACCCGCCGCGCCAUCAGACCUGCCAACUUCAGAUUCCCCGCGAGCAGCAGAUUCGCCUCUACUGCCGGUGUCGGUGAUGGAAAGAUCUACCAGGUCAUUGGUGCCGUCGUCGAUGUCAAGUUCGACACUGCCAAGCUCCCCGCCAUUCUGAACGCCCUCGAGACGACGAACAACAACCAGAAGCUGGUUCUUGAGGUGUCGCAACACUUGGGUGAGAAUGUCGUCCGUUGCAUUGCCAUGGACGGUACUGAGGGUCUCGUCCGUGGCUCCAAGGCCACCGACACCGGUGCCCCCAUCACCAUUCCCGUCGGCCCCGCGACUCUGGGCCGUAUCAUCAACGUCACUGGUGACCCCAUUGACGAGCGUGGCCCCAUCAAGACCGACAAGAAGCUUCCCAUUCACGCCGAGCCCCCCGAGUUCAUCGACCAGUCCACCACCGCCGAGAUUCUCGUCACUGGUAUCAAGGUCGUCGACCUCCUCGCCCCCUACGCCCGUGGUGGAAAAAUUGGUCUCUUCGGUGGUGCCGGUGUCGGCAAGACCGUCUUCAUUCAGGAGCUGAUCAACAACAUCGCCAAGGCCCACGGUGGUUACUCUGUCUUCACUGGUGUCGGUGAGCGUACCCGUGAGGGUAACGAUCUGUACCACGAGAUGCAGGAGACUUCCGUCAUUCAGCUUGACGGCGAGUCCAAGGUCGCCCUGGUGUUCGGUCAGAUGAACGAGCCCCCCGGUGCCCGUGCCCGUGUCGCCCUUACUGGUCUUACCAUUGCUGAGUACUUCCGUGACGAGGAGGGACAGGAUGUGUUGCUCUUCAUUGACAACAUUUUCCGUUUCACCCAGGCCGGUUCUGAGGUGUCUGCCCUGCUGGGUCGUAUCCCAUCUGCCGUCGGUUACCAGCCCACCCUCGCCAUUGACAUGGGUGGUAUGCAGGAGCGUAUUACCACCACCAAGAAGGGUUCCAUUACUUCCGUCCAGGCCGUCUACGUCCCUGCUGACGAUUUGACUGACCCUGCCCCUGCCACCACCUUCGCUCACUUGGACGCCACCACUGUCUUGUCCCGUGGUAUCUCCGAGUUGGGUAUCUACCCCGCUGUCGACCCUCUUGACUCCAAGUCUCGUAUGCUGGACCCCCGUAUUGUCGGCCAGGACCACUACGACACCGCCACCCGCGUCCAGCAGAUCCUCCAGGAGUACAAGUCCCUUCAGGAUAUCAUUGCCAUUCUGGGUAUGGACGAACUUUCUGAGGCUGACAAGCUCACCGUCGAGCGUGCCCGUAAGAUCCAGCGUUUCCUGUCCCAGCCCUUCACCGUCGCCCAGGUUUUCACUGGUAUCGAGGGUAAGCUCGUUGACCUUAAGGACACCAUUGCCUCUUUCAAGGCCAUUCUGUCCGGUGAGGGUGAUGCCCUUCCUGAGGGUGCCUUCUACAUGGUCGGUGACUUCGCCUCUGCUAAGGCGAAGGGUGAGAAGAUUCUGGCGGAGCUGGAGAACAACUAA